UCUGGGACGUGUGAUAGUUCAGUUUUAAAGCGUCUCCUGUUUCGUCCCUCAGGUGUCCUCAGGUGUCCUCAGGUGUGAUGCCGUGGCUGCUGUCAUCUCAGGUGGACCAUGUGUCUUUGUCUCCGUCUCAGCGUCAGUGUGAGCGGACAGCAUUCUCCUUCUACUGCGCGGUGCGGGAGCAGCUGCCGAUCUGGUUGCUGGAGGACAUGCGCAGCAUGGAGGUCUUCUGCUGGGAGGAUGGACACCCUCGAGCCUUCCUGCCGUCUGAGGCGCUGCUGUACGCACUCGUGCAUGACCACCGGGACUAUGCCAGUUACCUGCUCAACAGGUACUCUGUUAGCGCGCUCAGAGUGCUGCGAUGCAGCUUCUGCUGCCGCAGUGGUGCACCACACCUGAACGUGGCGGUGCGUUACGACCGUGUGUCAAUCCUUGGCACAAUGGUGGAGACUCUGAAGGACUGCAACACGCAGAGUGAGCGGCGGGAGUUCUUGGAUGCCUGUGGUGGCUGCUCGCAUGUCACUGAUGCUGGAAAGACGGCAGUGCAGCUGGCGGUGGAGCUGUCGCGUCCCGACUGUCUGUUGCUGCUGCUGGUUCACGGUGCCCAACCCGACGGACUCGAUGUCGCGCUGCAGACGCUUGUCUCCUGCAAUGUGUCGCAGCAGCGCGACGCGCAGCGCUGUCUCGACCUGCUGCUGCUGUUUCUGCCCAAACCGCCAACGCUGCGACACCUGCAGGAGGAGCCGCAGCGCUGGCAAAGCCUGCUGGGUAAUGAAGUGUUCUGCUGGCUGUGUGGUCUGGCCCCACCCCCUCUCCUGCUACAGGCUCUCAGGUGUCUGGCCCGGUUCGGACCAGAUCAGAUCAGCACACUGCCCGACUUCCUGCAGCUGCACAGCUGGCAAUGACAUCAUCUGUCAAACAGCUGAGGACUGCUGUGGAUGGCUCGUUGAUGAUGUAAAUAUGAUGUACAUAAAGACUAUAACAGAUAAUGUCAGCUGAAAACCUUAUAUCUCCGCUGUUCAUUUAAAAAGACAGGCUUUAGUACCCUGGGGAGCAGCUGGAGAUAGGAGUUUUUAACCUGACGGCGGCUCCUGCUGUAAAUAAUUUCAAAGAUUCAGACACUGAUCAUUAAUCAAUUUAAUUUGUGCUAAUUUAAUUGAUUCUAAACCUUCAAUCUAAAAUGUUGUUUUACUGGUAAAGAGUUUCUGUUCUGUUCAUUAAUAAUCAGUGAUCUGAAGAUGACGAUUUGAAGACAGAGCUGUGUAUGUGUGUGUGUGCGCAUACGUGUGUGCGUGUGUGUGUGUGGGGGGGGUGUCCUGUCAAGAAUAUUUAAAGUAUUAACAGUUAAUGUUGAUGUGAUUGUUAAAUGUGAAUUAACAUGUUUCUACCUCAGUGUCCUGAUGUGACUGACGCACCUUGGAGGUAGUGUGUGUGUGCGCGCGUAUGUGUGUGUAUGUGUGUAUAUUUAUUUAUUUUCUGUCCUUCAGGCCUUUGAUCUGUGACCAUGUCGUGAUACAAA